AUGUUCAGCCAAAGGACGAGCACGCGAAAGCCCGGCGAUGGGCUGCUCGCCGACUUCCGAAUGCAGUUCCCAGAGCUCAACACAGCGCCAUCGACGUCUCCAACGACAGGAGCGCCGUCGCAAAUCACCGUGGCAGGUGACAACCUAGGCCUCGUUGCCGCGGCACAAGAACGACAUCAGAAUCCAGGGCACGAUGUGUUCCGAGGAGAUCAAGACCCCACACCACGAGCUUCGGCGGCGGAAUGGAGAUUCACCCCUUCGUUGCUUGACCCUAAUUCAUUCUCCUUCAGUGCUUUCGCCAACCAACCGCCGGGCUAUUACACUCCCACGCCUGGCGGAACGAACACGCUCUACCACCCGCAGGCCGGCGACUUGCACACGCCUUCCCUGGGACUCGGCAUGGGGCUCGGAACGCCUCUGUCUCUGCCCACCAGCGAAGGGGCUAUACACGCCGGCCCAGCCAUGAUGGACCUCUCCCAGUUCCAGCAUGGCCUGGCGCCACAACACUUCCAGCAGCAGUACAACCCUUUCAUCGAGCCUAGCCCGGUACAGCAAUCGUUCGCUCCUUCGUCAUUUGUCCACCAGGAUACUGGCUACGAGACGAUGGAUCAUGACGGGUCACCCCUAGGCUCGGACGGACCCGAAGAUCGCAUGGGUUCCAUGGACGCUACUUUCAACUCGCAAUCACCUCCUAUGAUGGGCUUUCAACCUAGAAACUUCGGAGUGACCAUGACGCAUGCGCUACCACCCUCAGCGGACAAAUUUCGCUUCCAUUCCACUCUGAACGCACCGACAGCUAUGAUCAAACACGCCGAUGAGAUACCGGUGACCUAUCUCAACAAAGGCCAGGCGUACUCGCUGUCUGUCGUGGACACCGGUUCAACUGUGCCCAUUGUGCCGGGGACCAAGUAUCGGACAUUCGUGCGUGUCUCUUUCGAGGACGAUCAACAACGGCUGAAGCCAGGGGUCUGCUGGACCUUGUGGAAGGAAGGCCGGGGCACUAACGAAGCACAUCAGCGCGGUGGUAAGCUGCAGGCCGUCGAAUACGUGGAAGCUGGCCAGCCGGCAGAAGGUGACGAUAAGCGCACCCGCAUCGAGCUAGAGACUGCCUCCUUCGAUGGGUUCUCUGUCGUCUGGACACCGGGUGUCAAUGGCGCAACCGAAUGCAACAUCGCCGUCCGGUUCAACUUUCUGUCGACUGACUUUAGCCACUCCAAGGGCGUGAAAGGCAUCCCCGUAAGAUUGUGUUCCAAAACGACCGCUUUAUCGACGACGGCGGAUGCCUCUCCACCAGCAGAUGCGGCCGCCGAGAUAUGCUACUGUAAAGUCAAACUGUUCCGAGAUCAUGGUGCUGAGAGGAAGCUUUCCAACGACGUGGCGCAUGUGAAGAAGACGAUCGACAAGCUCAAGCAGCAAAUCGCGCAAGCGGAAAGCGGAGGGAAAGACUUCGGAAAACGCAAACGAGGUGGAGCACAUGCCAAGGGACAGGACAACCAGCGGCCAGGAAAGGCAAUGAAGCAUAAGAGAACAUGGUCCAUGUCGUCGACGAGCUCGGCCGGUGGCGGCGGUGGUGGCGGCGGUGCUACAAGACCGUCCCUCGAAGACGACCUACACUUCAAAUUGCAAACGCUGCAGGAUAUGUUCACCAGCACUCGACCUGUGAGCAUCUUGUACCUGCGAGGAGAGGACACGGAUGACCCCGACCUGCAUCCUGUGGCCCUUGCGGGUGAACCCACCGAUCUUACCAAGGUAGAAUCGAAGGAUAGCGCAGCGUGGCAGGCCAGAAGCGGACGAGGCUCUGUAACCGCAUCGUCACUCGUCUCACCCUCGCCAAGCUCCAUAUCUUUGCAGUCUCAACCGGCAGUUGCAGCUCCAUGGAACGACGCACCAGGUAGUGGCGAGCCCGCGACCUCCCGACGAGCUUCAGAUCAGCCAGUGAAGGUGGCGAAGACGGACGACGAUGGGACAUUGAGUGGCUGGAUCGAAGCACUCGGCGUAGACCCGUCAUACAAGCCCCCGGUUGAGAAGCCAGCAAAGCCCAUCGCGUGCUUUUAUGUUGCUCGACGGCCAGUUUCGAAAUCAGACAAACCAGUCCUCCAUCGCGCCAUCUACCUCGCCGAGCGUUCGCUAUCCGAGUUCAUCUCACGGGUCUCUGCCAAGUGGGCCAUCGACUCAUUAGCAGUCGUCCGUGUCGUGCACGUUCUCGACAGUGGCCUGGAGGUUGAAGUAGACGACGAUGUGAUCCACGAAUUAUCGGAAGGCCAGGACAUGAUUCUUGAGAUCGCAGAUGUGGAGCGGAGCGUUCCCCAACCUAAGAGAGGGUGGGAAAUGAUGGCGCUCGAUGCGCCCGAGGGCGACCGGAACUCAGCACACAGCGCGUUCCGCACGACGAAUGGCUACGAACUACGACUUACUUUUUGA